AUGGUUGGAAGCAACUCAGUUGGAAGCAGCAGCACGCCUUCUGUUGAAUUUCCAUCUUUACCUAGGUGUGGAUGCGAUCGUGUAAUGAAGAUGUGGAUCGCCAAUACUGUUCAAAACCGUAAUAGGAAAUUUUGGAGAUGUCGUAACACAGGAAAUGGGAAUAGCAGUGACCUGUUUGUGUGGGAUGACGAAAUUGGAGACUGUAUGAAUGGGAAUAGCAGUGGCCUGUUUGUGUGGGAUGACGAAAUUGGAGACUGUGUGAAUGAGAAUUCUAAUAUUCAAGCAAGUUUCCAAAACUUUGAGAUGGAAAAUGUGAAGUUCGAAAUCACAGCGAAGAAGUUAGAAAAAGCAAAGAUGAAGAUUGAAGUUCAGAAGAAGAAGUAUUUCAAUUUGAAGAUGGCAUUUAUGAUGUCUUGGUUUAUUUUUGCAAUGUUGUACAAGUUAUUGUAA